GCGGGGAACCGGCGACGGAGCUAAGGCCGGAGGUGCGCCUGUCUACUGCCCCAUGGACGGUGGCGUCCAGAAGAAACACAGAAGUUUCGACGAGACCCAGCCCACGGGGACGCUUUCGAUGAGGCUCAGUUGCGGCUCGCCACGCUCAACGAUGUUGAUCUUGGUCCACUUUAACGAUGUCUUGCUCUGCCCCAUCUCGUCCGAUAUCAUGAGGGAAUCGUCCUUGCGUCCGGCAAGAAGUUUCGACGAGACCCAGCCCACGGGGACGCUUUCGAUGAGGCUCAGUUGCGGCUCGCCACGCUCAACGAUGUUGAUCUUGGUCCACUUUAACGAUGUCUUGCUCUGCCCCAUCUCGUCCGAUAUCAUGAGGGAAUCGUCCUUGCGUCCGGCAAGUAUCGCUAUUCUUUAGCCCUAGCAAAAAAGAAGCCCUUCAAGGCUGGUGGUGACCCAGGCAACCAAAUGGAUAAGAUCGACAAAAUAAUUGAGAAGCUGAAGUGAGGCAGUUAGCACUCAUAAUCCGCAAACAUGCUAUGGGUCCGUUACCUUGUAUGUUUUGUAAUAGCAUCUCUGAAUGUACAUUUGUUAUGAAACUGAAGUGACACAUAUACUGUUUAUAUUCCUAUAUUAUACUCGAACAAACACUAGAUUCAUUACCACUCUUACUGCAACAACUUUACUGUAAUGCUAACUAUCUGCAAGACACUUCGAGAUAUGAUAUAUACGUAAGAGUGACUGCAGGAUUCGACAAUGGAUUUGUCUUCCUCAGUCUCUUCGAACUUUUGAUCAGCCAGUAGUACUAGUAUCCAUAUCUAUACAAGUAUGUGGUGAACAUGUUCACAGAUUCAUC